AUGCCUCCCUCCAUGGAUAUGUCUCCCCAGACCAUCACUGACCCAUCCCCAAACCACUCGUGCAAAGGGCAGCAGUGGUGGAUUCGGGUAUUCUAUGGCAAAUUCCUGUUGUACUCCACGGUGCCAGUUGGAGUUGGACAAUUAUCUCUGGAAAACUUUCUGUUUGAUAUUAACCUCUGGGGACAGAAAGAAAAACCAGCUGUGCCACCUUCUGUGUCUACCACAGCCAGCCAGGCAAAACUUGAUUUAACACAAACAAACCCAGUGACAGAGCCAAAAUACUCUACACAUGGAGCCGUGGUUGAGACUCCAAUACCUCUCCUCUACAGAGGAAAUUUCACAAAGCUUCCUCAGUGGGAUUUUGAUGAUGUCUAUAACCAGGAUGCCCCACCUAGACCAACAACAUGUGCCCAAUCACUGCGAAACUCUCAGGAUGAGAACUUCAAGAAGGCUUUUCUUCCCAACAUACGUUUGUUUCUGCACAAGGACAACAUUAACAUGAGCGAGUGGAAUCGCCUUUCACAUUUUAACAAUCCUUUUGGGUUUAUGGAGUUCAAAUAUGAUGAUGUGAUGGCUUCAGUGAAGCUGAUUUCAAAGCCAAAAGAGCCACUGCUCCUCCCAAAACCAGGUAGUGAUGGCUGUGUUCACUGUGCUGUGGUGGGUACUGCAGGAAUUCUGAACGGCUCAAAAGUGGGUGCAGAGAUCAAUGCUCAUGAUUACGUUUUUCGUUUGCAGAUCAUACAAGUCAUUGGAUGGAUGUCUGACAAAGAUGAUUUGCAUAAGGGAAUAAAAUAUGUGCUCAUUCCUGAGGCAAUGAGAGAUUUCCGAUGGCUCGAGGGUCUUUUCAAAGGACAUGAGGGCUCUAGUGGCUCACACCACAAGAAAUGGCCAGGGACCUACUAUUCAGGGCAGUACAAUGAGAGCCGAUUCUACGUUCUCCACCAGGACUUCCUCCGAUACGUGAGGAACAGGUUCCUAAAGUCACCUAAUCUGAAUAAAAGAUUCUGGGCAAUAGUCAGACCAACCAAUGGAGCAUUCGCUCUCUUCCUGGCUUUGCAUACUUGUGACACAGUGGAUGCAUAUGGAUUCAUGACUGAUGACUACAUGAAAUACUCCAACUACUAUGUUCAGAAGUACAUUAAAACUAGAGUAAUUUUCUAUGCCAACCAUGACUACAAUUUGGAGAAGAAUACAUGGAAAGACCUUCACAACAGAAAAAUAAUAAAGCUGUAUCAAAGAACGGAGCCAGAAUCAGGGACUGAAAAGCCAAAGUAACACUGAGUCCACCCGUAAGGAUAAAACCUACACCACUGAUGAUAUUCAAGAGCCAUGUCAGCAAGCACAGCAAGAAGGUCCUUUGUUCACAUCCACCACAUAACUGGAGGCUUUCUUUGUGGAGUUUGCAUGUUCUCUCUGUGUCUGUGUGGGUUCUCUCCGGGUAAUUCAGCUUCCAUUGAUUGUCCAUUAAGACAUGCACUUAGUGGGGUUAGGUUAAUUGGUGAUGGUAUAUUGGCCAUAGGUGUGAAUGUGAGUGUCAAUGGUUUCGUGUCUCUCUCUGCAAUAAACUGGUGAGCUAUCCAAGGUCUGCUACGCCUCUUGCCCUGUGACUGCUUACUUGUGUGUCUUGUCUCUGUGGUUUUUUUUAACCUUUCUGUGUCCUCAUUUUUGCCCCCACAUCUGUCGUGUCUUUCAUUGUCUUGUCUGUGUCCCAAUUCUGUCAAGUUAAUCUAUUUUAGUCUCAGUGUUAGUCACCUCCUGUUUUGUUUUGUUAGUCUCUAGUUUUAUGUGUGUUAUGUUCGGUUUUGCUUCUUCUUGUCUAGUUACUCAAAUUCUAUUCAGCUGUGUUCCCUGGUGUUUCUCAUCUCCCUAAUUACCUGGUCUGUAUGCAUUGUCCUUUCUUCUUUAUUGUGUUCACCUUUAACCUGUGUGUUCCACUUUGUGGGUUUGCUGUAUGAUACUUUUCAUUUAGAUAAUUUGCACUUGGCUCAUAUUUUCUUAUUUUUAUGAGCUUUCAACAAUAAAGCUGUUUUUCAGUUUUAA